AUGGUCAAUCAGCAGAUUGUGUUGACCUACCUCUACUUGCUGCUUUACGUGUUUCUCUCCUCAGGAGUAAUCUUGUACAACAAGGUACUCAUCCAGUGAUCACGCCUCCCUCUUCUCAAUUUUUCUUCCCGCGCUUUGGGCAUUUUUCAGCGGAUCCGACGGCAGAGUUUCUGCUCCAAAUUCCUAGGAAGAGAAAAUACCGAAUUCACGAAAACUGUGUUCGCUGGUAGACGGCAUUCCCAUGACCCCUCCCCUUUUCUUUUGCCUGGGAUUCAUCUUUAUCACGGUCGCGCUUCCUCGAUCACGCGAUUCUCUCCCACUACCUUUCUUUUUUGGCCCCCCACAAGGAGUAAUUUCUAGCCUCUGUGACGUUGAAUUCCUACCUUUUUCCUGCGGCUCGGCUCGCCCACACACUCACCAUCCACCAAAAGACAUCAUUUCAGUCACGGUCGUUUCUCUCUCCAUUCAAUUAGUUAUCGCCUUCAGCGGCCGAGCUUUUAUGGAAAUGGGUUGAGUUUUCGCAUUUCUCAGUUCACAGUUCUCUGUAAAUCAAAAAAUCCAAAGAUUAGAGCUCGGAGUUGUAUCAAGACUUGGAAAGCCGGAAACUUGAGUCGGAAAUACUGACGCCUCACAGGCCGUCCAUGUAUACAGAUAGUUGUCGUUCAAGAUCUGCUGGGCACUACGGCUCAGAUCCAUUCCACUCUGUCGAGUUGGCGGAUCGGCGUUUCCACCAUUCCAUGGCUCCCCCACCUGAGCUCUUCGUUUUCCCUCUCCAUUCUUUGUCAUCGACGGCGUUCCAAAUGAGAAAUUUCCAAGUCUAAAAAGACGUAUGCUUAGAUCGAUUAUGCAGGAAGCUUCCAAGUGUCUCCGUUCAAGCAUUGUGCAUACAUUGUACGAUCCUACGGAAUCCAGAAAUAAAUCUACAAAAAUUCCUCAGCUCUGAUUGCGAGAUGGAUUGAUAUACAGCAGCAAAACAUCGCAAUUUUUUUACCCCCCUUUUCUGGGCUUAUAUGAGAUUGUCUUCCUUUGAAAUUCCACGAAAUUACUUGAUGUUGUUGUUGUUGUUGUUGUGAUUAAUUAUUUGCAGUGGGCGGUUCUGACAUAUUUUCUGUUUUUGACCAUUCGCAGUGGGUUCUUUCCCCAAGAUAUUUCAAUUUUCCGUUUCCCAUUACGCUGACUAUGAUCCACAUGGGAUUUUCUGGCGCCGUCGCGUUCUUUCUCAUCCGUGUUUUCAAGGUAAGCUCCCAGAUGCUUCAACUCACCUUCACGCCGUCAUGUUUUCCAUGUCGCAACUGGUUUUCAGCGUAAUGCCAAUCUGAAUCUCUUCUCACGCACGUUUCUUUCUCUUGGCCUGUAUCUGAAGGUCAUUCACUUCCCUGUUCCUGCCGACAUUUUUUCCGGCAAUUCAUCGAUUUCAUGGAGACAAUCCGGAAAAUUAUAAAAAAAAAAAUGAGCCGAGGAUCUCGUGUAGAGACGUAUUAAUCUUGAGCGCCUGUCAGAAAUCUCUCUGUUCACAGAUCCCAUAUUUUACGCCUCCCUUCCACAGAUCUAAUCCUUCACUGGCUACCUUCUGGGAAUCUCCCGCAUGAUGAUUGAACACAUGCGUUUAACCUUGCAUUGGAAACACCGCAGGAGUGCAUAUUCCUUCUGACAGCAAUUUCUUGGCCUCUUCCUCGAUGAUUCGCGGCCCUUUAUUAAUUUAGUAUCUCUAAUAUUAUACAGGUCAUGCCGCCCGUGAAGAUGACUGUUUCGGUGUAAGGAGCCGACUCCUCUCGCCAUGUCCGCACACUCGCCAGCUCUCCUCUCUCUGACUCGUUCCAAUAAUUUUGCAGAUACUUAACGUGCAUUAUCCCCAUAAGCGCAUUCUUCGCAGCCAGCCUGUGGCAAGUCCCUUGAUCCUCAAUAAUACGGAGGCCCAGUUGUUAUUUUUAACCUCUGGAAGAUCUUUUUCUCCAAACAAAUCUCAUAUUUACUGUUUUUCUUCGCCAGAACUGCGACAGAUCGACGGGAUUAUGCUCACGAUGAUGCCUUCUCUGAUGCAGGCUUGGGAACACUGCCUUCCUCUAUCUUUCAGUGGCCUUCAUUCAGAUGCUCAAGGCCCUGAGUACGGAACCUAAACCCACCCUCUUCCAGAUGAAGAACAGCCGAAUAAUCUUUUAGGCUUACUCGGUUUGGUAAGAUCCUCAAGGUCUUACGGUUGACUAUCUUCUGCUGCAGUGCCGGUGGCGACUUUCCUCGUGGCAGUCAUUUGUGGAACCGAUAAGCUGAGGUGCGACAUGUUCUUGAACAUGUUGCUGAUCAGCGCCGGGGUCGUCAUAGCUUCAUAUGGGGAGAUCAAUUUUAACGUCAUUGGCACAGUUUAUCAGAUCACGGGCAUCCUCGCUGAGGCUCUUAAGCUGGUUUUGACGCAGAUCUUGCUUCAAAAGAGGGGAUUAUCCCUGAAUCCCAUCACCACCUUAUAUUACAUCGCUCCUUGCAGGUACUUCACUUUCUCCCCCUACCCCUUCCCCCCCCCAAACACACACAGAGGCAUGACUGUCCCACCCAUGUGCCACUCUCUCUCUCCUCUCUCUUUCUCUUCUCUCCCUCUUCUCUUUCACUCUGUCUCCCUCUGUCACUGGUAGGUGCUGGCCCCCGACUGUAGCAUGCCGACAAAAGGGUCUAUUUAAAGAGAAAUAAUCAUGCGCGGCCAUUGAUUACAGUAGGACCAUUCGUGCUGACGGUUAUUUUCUGCUUGGUGUAGCCUCUUCUUCCUGUUUAUACCGUGGUUCUUCUUGGAGAAGGAAGGACUGGAUGUCGACCAGAUCCAGUCCAACCUCUGGAUCUUCCUGUCCAAUGCGAUGUGCGCCCUGGCCUUGAAUGUCAUCGUGUUCUUGGUGAUCGGAAGGACGGGAGCGGUGACGACCAGGGUCGCCGGAGUCCUCAAGGACUGGAUAUUAAUUGCGCUGUCAACGCUCAUAUUUCCCGAGUCGGUCAUCACGGGCCUAAACGCGGCGGGAUAUACCAUCGGUAGGACCGACGAAUCCGGAAAACCUUUCGUUGACCAACGCCGCUUAUUAAUGGAAUCACGAACUGAGUCUGUUAUUGUGCAGCCAUCUGCGGGGUCGCCGUGUACAACUACCUGA